AGUUUUCUUGUACAUAGAUCCGUCACCACCCUAGUGCGACGACCUCCGAAGUGGGUUGGGCAUAAAAUAUCGCGAGAAAAGCUUGGCGUCGGCUUUGAAAAAUGGCGGACGAGGUGGACCAGCAACAAACUACCAACACUGUAGAAGAGCCCUUGGACCUCAUCAGACUCAGUCUUGAUGAAAGAAUUUAUGUGAAAAUGAGGAAUGAUCGAGAACUUCGAGGCAGGCUACAUGCUUAUGAUCAACACUUAAAUAUGAUUUUGGGUGAUGUUGAAGAGACUGUGACAACAAUAGAGAUUGAUGAAGAAACCUAUGAAGAGAUUUAUAAAUCCACCAAGCGGAAUAUCCCAAUGCUGUUUGUCAGAGGAGAUGGAGUUGUACUUGUAGCUCCUCCACUAAGGGUCGGCUGAAACCAUGACAAACUUACCUUUUGGAAAGUGUCUACCUUCAGGAUACUGGCUUCUGCUCCCUUUAAAUAUUAAGACUGCACACAUCUUACACAAGACUGUUGGGGUUGGAAAGCGUGGUGUGAAGGCACCAGUUCAUCUGUCCAAUUGAUAAUGUAAGAUUUUGUUUUCUCCUGGAGCAAUGUAACUGCUAUGAUGCAGAUCUCUUUUUGUAUCAAAUCAGUAGAUUUGAUGUUUUAGUUAAUUUUGUGGCCAUUGCUGUUUUUUUAAAAUAAAUCUCUUUAGUUUGCUUA